GUAUAACACACGAAGAAGAAGGAAAUCUUUCCAGCGUUUUAACAGCGACGGAAAACGAGCGCGACAAACUAACAUUUCCGAGUUUGCUCGGAAUAUAAUUCUCUCUGGAAUAGAACUAGGAGUUCGCAGGAUGCCGGAGACUGAGAGCUACUCCAACCCUCUCGCGCCUGAGGGUCAUGAUGUCGACGACCAUCGAUCAUCUGCUCAGUCCAAGCUGACCAACGAUGACUUCAGAAAGCUGCUGAUGACCCCACGGGCGACGCCAUCGUCAGCCCCACCGUCCAAGUCCAGACAUCAUGAAAUGCCGCGGGACUACAAUGAAGAUGAGGAUCCUGCAGCGAGGAGACGGAAGAAGAAGAGCUACUAUGCCAAGCUCCGUCAGCAGGAGAUGGAGCGAGAGCGUGAGCUGGCUGAGAAGUACAGAGAUCGAGCCAGAGAGCGACGAGACGGCGUCAACAAGGACUACGAAGAGACGGAGCUGAUCAGCACGACUGCCAACUACCGAGCCGUGGGACCCACCGCGGAGGCGGACAAGUCUGCAGCAGAGAAGCGUCGCCAGUUGAUCCAGGAGUCCAAGUUCUUGGGUGGUGACAUGGAGCACACUCACUUGGUGAAAGGUCUGGAUUUCGCUCUGCUGCAGAAGGUGCGAGCAGAAAUCACAAGCAAAGAGAAAGAAGAGGAGGACAUGAUGGAGAAAGUUCAGAAGGAAACAAAGAAAGAUGUGGAGCCAGAGGAGAAGAUCGAGUUCAAGACUCGUCUGGGAAGGAACAUUUACAGAACCGUGUUCAGGUCCGGUCAAAUCGAGAGGAAUGAGCUCUUCCUGCCCGGUCGGAUGGCUUAUGUUGUGGAUCUGGAAGACGAGUUCAUCGACACCGACAUUCCAACAACACUGAUCCGCAGCAAAGCAGACUGUCCCAGCAUGGAGGCCCAAACCACGCUGACCACCAACGACAUUGUCAUCUCCAAACUGACCCAAAUCCUGUCGUACCUCCGACAAGGCACUCGCCACAAGAAGCUGAAGAAGAAGGACAAAGCUAAGCUGGAUGAGAAACGGGCUCCAGAAGCAGAUCUCAGCAUCUUUGACGACAUCGGCGACUACAUCCCGUCGACGGCCUCGUCCUCCAAACCCUCCAAAGAGAAAGAGCGGCACCGUGACCGAGACAGGGAGAGAGAGAGGGACAGAGACAGACAUGCGGAGCGAGAGGAGGAGAAGAGCCGGAGACACACCUACUUUGAGAAGCCACGAGCAGAAGAACUGCAGGUGAUGGACGUGGACACAGGUCCUGCUUCCGUCCGAGAGCAGAUCAAGAUGAUCAAUGAGAAGUUUGCUGGACAGGCUGGCAGCGAGUGGCAGGAAGCGUCUCGGCGGGAAAGUAAAGAACAUUUGGGAGACUUUUUUGGAGGAUCCAACUCGUACGCUGAGUGCUACCCUGCAACGAUGGACGACCUGGCAGUGGACAGUGAUGAGGAGGUGGACUACAGUAAGAUGGACCAGGGCAACAAGAAAGGUCCCCUGGGCCGCUGGGACUUCGACACUCAGGAGGAGUACUCUGACUACAUGAACAACAAGGAGGCUCUGCCCAAGGCGGCAUUCCAGUACGGCAUCAAGAUGUCUGAGGGAAGAAAGACCCGCCGCUUCAAGGAGAAGAACGAGAAGGCGGAACUGGACCGUCAGUGGAACAAAAUCAGCGCGAUCAUCGAGAAGAGGAAGAAGAUGGAGGCGGAUGGGGUCGACGUGAAACGGCCUAAAUAUUGAACCAUCAAAAGCAUGAAGAAGACCUUAUUAUUUUGUCAUGUACAGUAGAGUCACUGAAUCCUGUGAGAUGAUAGUUGAGUGUUAGUUUAGUGAUCGUGUCCGAAAUUUACAACACAUUUUUGUGGGACGUUCGAGUUCUUGUAAUUUCCGCCUGUAAAGAGGGCAACAUUAAAGAAGAGUCGCUGAGAA